ACCCGCGUACUUUUCAAAAUUAUUGAUAUCAGUAUAUUUUAGAGGCAUAUAAAAUGGGUUUAUUUCCCAAAUCGUUGCAUUAUUUCGUCUUAGCAUGCGUAUUGAUUGGUGUUUCUUAUCAUUUUGUUACGAUAGGUGUACACAUGUUUGAUAAACAUAACUACAAUAAUAAUCUAAAAGAAGUAAUGGAACAAUUGAAGGGUAUAAAUGGAUUAAAACAAAUAACCAAAAAUGGAGAUAACGAUAUUCGAUGUGAGUCAUGUUCUCAAACUGUUCCAAAUGUCAUUGUGCAAUAUGGUACUAAACGCACAGCGUCAACGCUUCAGUUCCAGAUACUGUGUUUGAUGAUGGCGUUUCUGCAUGAAGAUGAAAAGGACAAAGUUGGAUGUUUCUUUAACAAUAAAACAGUAAACAAGUACACUGUUAUUAAAACUCACAAUAUUGUAAGGCUACCUAUAUCCAUACCAUCAAAUUCAUGGAUUUUUGUGACUUCAAGCGAUGCAUUGCCGCUUCGAGAAAAACUUGUAUUUAACUGGAGUAUACGGAAAAUUAAAGAAAGAAAUAUUACGAUUCCGUAUGUUGCUGAUGUGGAUUUGGUCUCAAAACGUGGUCAUUAUAUUGCUUACGAAUACCAGACUCUCUUUGGAAUGUCAGAUGAAAAUAUGCAGUACAUUAUUGAAUACCUUCGCUAUUGGGAUAUACUUCGGAUAUGUUGUGGAAGACAGAUGUCCAACGACUGGCGAAGUCGCUUACUUUCAAAUGCAAAUCACAGUCAGCAUCAUAACCGUCAUAUUCUAACAUACCCUGCAUGUGAAAUGUAUAACAUAAGUCAAGUUGAGCUUCUUCUUCUGAACACAUAUGCUGUCCAAAAGUUUGGUCAUAUCGCUUCAUUACGUGACGUCAUUGGAAAGCCGUCAAUCAUUGACGGAAAACUGGACGGAGGCUAUUGUGAACGUUGUAACAAAAACAUUAUCAGAAGACGUUUAAAAUUUAAUUACAAAUGCCAUUAGAAGAUAUUUAUGCAUUUUGGAGCAUUUUACGCAGAAUCAAACGAA